UCGAUACUUGAUUGCACUCGUCUGUGCGAUAUUUAUUUUAAGUCAGCCACUAUUGCUGCUGUUUAUAGUUUCUGUAGAUUGGCAAAAUUGUAAAAAAGACAAUUUGUAGCAGUAGAUUGUGUGUGUGUGAAAAACUCCUUUGUUAUUUGGAAUAGCAGCACCAUUUGCAACUACUCGUUAUAGUCUGGAGCUCUGAGCACUUGAGUGUGUUUGGCUCUAAGCUACACUAAAGGUGAAGGACAACUGCGAAGGACAAAGGACUUGAAAACAAGGACGCAACGCCACAUAAUGGCCACGUGCAAUCGUAAUCUUAACGAGAACUCUGUCAAUACGACAGUAUGUAGUCCAUCCAAAUGUCCCAGCACCACAAUAAACCUCAAUGUGCUGCCCGACGAAAUCCUCGAGUUUAUUUUCACCUUUCUGCCACCAUACGGGGAUUUGGAGCACUGUAGCCUAGUGUGCAAGCGCUGGCAGUCUAUAGUGAAGAAUUUCGUGCGUCGCUCGCAGCUCAAUUUGGAGAAAGGACUCGCUGACUUUCGGCUGCGAUGGGAGGUCUUCUCCCAGCAAACUGCUGCCGCUGUAGAGGCCAACAUUCCGAGCCUGCCAACUGGUAUGCCAAUGCCCAUAAUUGCCGGACGUUUUGCUCACUCUACAGUGCGUCAUGGAAACUCGAUGUUUGUGUUUGGAGGCGGCUCAUCUUCGGAUACCACAUUCAAUGAUCUGUGGCGUUUUGACUUGACGCAUAUGCGUUGGUCACGUCCCCUCGCCACUGGCACAUAUCCCUCGCCUAAGGGUAGCGCCUCAAUGGUAGCAUGGCGAGAUAAACUGGUGCUGUUUGGUGGCUGGCGUUAUCCCUCAUUGCAUCCGCCAUAUCAACCGUGGUGUCUAUUUGAUGAGCUGCAUUACUACGAUUUGGCCAAGGAUCGUUGGCUGGCACGCAACUCCAUGCCCUGUCCACCGCCCAUGGCUGGGCACUCGGCGACUGUGCAUGCCAAUCGCAUGAUUGUGUUUGGAGGCUAUCAGAUCAAAGAUGAUGUUAAUGUCAACUCGAAUGAUACGUGGGUGUUGGAUUUGGAGGAGCAGCGUUGGUGGCAACCACUGUUUGUGGGCAAUACGCGACCUGCCCCACGCUACGGACAAAUUCAAGUGGAGUUGGACAAGCAUCAUCUGCUUGUUGUUGGUGGCUGUGGUGGCGCAAACCGAGUGUAUACCGAUGCCUGGCUGCUGGAUAUGACACGCGAUGCAUGGAGCUGGAAGCAGCUAAGUGUGCGCAACAAGAAUUUCGGUGCUGUCCACAUGUGGUGCAAUCCCGGCUGCAGAGUUAACAAUUACUUAGUUGUUGUGGGACCCUCACCCAAAAUACCGCUUGACUUUCAAAUUAUGAAGCAGAGUCGCGUGCCCGUUGUCGGUGGUAGCGCUCUGCGCUUCGCUGGCCUUGGCCAAGCGCCACCACCGCCGCCACCACUCUACCAGCAGCAGCCUGGUCAUCGUGUCCAGGUUCCAGAUCGCAGGCCAGGCGUUGUGUUGCCUGAACAGCAGCUGCAGCGACAGCAUCAGCAACGGGCUAAUAAUGUGCGCUUGGGCGGCGCCGCUGCCUUAGCGCCACAGGAGCAGUAUUUGGCAAACAGGCGAGCGAUACUCAACCAGCAUAUGCAGCAGGCACAGCAAUUUAUGCAUAACAACAAUGUCAAUAACAAUAACAACAACUAUCAACCACGUUCGGGAAGACUCAGUGAUUUGCAUGCGCCACCUGGGGCAGCUGCACCAGCUGCUGCACCAUCUGUUCCCGCUCCACUGGAUGGAGAUGCGGAUGCUGCUCAGCGAUUGCAACGCAAUUUGGCAUUGCGGUGUCGUGACAACGAACCACUUUUGCCCAAACGCUUUGACGAGCAUUACGAGGAUCCGUUCCGCAUGGCAGCCUUCAAUGUGCCAGGACGCUCACGGAGUGCAUCUCGAGAUCACAGCGAGCGAAUACGCCGCAUGGAGGAGAAGAUGAAUGCCAUACGCAACUCGAGACGCAGUGCACCUGCCCAUGUGGAGCCGCAAGCGUUGCGCGCUCCCUCGCCCAAGCGUCUCAGAUGCAAUGUGCAAUCUCUGUUUGUUUGUGACAUCUCUAGCUUGCUGCAGAAUGAUAAUGGCUGCGAGCCAGGCUUGGAUUGGGUGGAGUACAAGAAUUUUGGCGUGCUAAAUGGUGCACCUGAUCGCCUCAUAUUAUCCAGCCUAAUAGCUGGCAACGGCGAGCUGAUUUUAUUUGGUGGCGUUCACAAGGAGACGCUUACCGACAUCACACACCAUGUGUCCAAUUCUAUCCACUUCCUAAGUGUGCCACGUGAUAUUAUCUAAUUGCAGCUUCGAGCCGGCUGGCAGCCAUACUCCACUUACACUUUAGCCAACUACAUGUAUCUCUGUAAGCCUAAGUUAUUUGCUACAAAUUAGUUUGUGACCCUUCAAAUUAGUUUCUGCCCUUAGAUAUUAAAUUUGAAUUAACGUGUACAAUAUUACUAUUAUACUAACUUGUGAGCAUGAUUAAAUGAGUUCAACACAAAACGAUUCUUCAAA